AUGGCUGUGACUAUUAGUCAAUCGGUAUACAUUAAUCUAAUGUGUAUAAAAUAGUUUCAAAGUGAUGGAAGUGACAGUGAAAUGACAAUCGUAGAAAAAUUGUACUUCGGGGCUUCCAGCGUCCGCGGUCCUGAUUCGCCUUUGAGCUCGGAUCUGGCACUUGAUAAGCCUCGCCCCAUACCAUCACCCAGACAAAUUCACCCCCUUUACGGGGAGAAAGCCGGGCUCCUGGGCUACUGCGACCCGCUCGGUAACGCAGAGAAUUUUCCACCCGCCCCUAACAUCGUGGUCGAGGGUGGCAGAAUCGAGUUCGUCCGCCCCUCGCAGGAUGGCACCACGACACCCCGUAGGAACACCAUGUCCCGUGGCUCGCAGACGUUCAACGACGAGCCCGAGAAGUCUGACCCAGCGAAGGUACGUAGAUGGCACAACGGCACCGCUAGUUCCUCCUCCCCAGUGUCUAGAAUCUGCAUUAACGAGAGUCUGGAAGAGCGGGUUCAGGAAUUGGAACAGGCAUUGCAAGCAGAACGUAUUGCUGCGCAACGAGAUCGGGCGACGAUCACGAAGCUCCAACGACAGAUCAACAAGAGAGAGGCUACGCAACGAGAUGUGGAACGCGAACGACGACAACGAAUGGAGGCCGAAGCUCGGGUGCGCGAGGCUACGGCUGAAGCUGAAAGAGCACGCUCAAGGGUUCAUCAUCUUCAGAGAGAAUUGGCCAGGGGUCUCAGGGAAGAAAUCGGUGCAUUGCAGAGGCGUAUUCGAGAGCUCGAAGCUCAAAAUCGGGCGCUUUCAGGAUUAUUGGCCCAAGCCGCAAAUCCUGGAAGUCCGACAGAAUUGAUUCAAGGGAUUCUCGAAGCUGGGCCAGCGGCAGUAGUGGCCGCCCUUGGUCUGGAUCCAGCUUGGGUUCCCUUGUCAAGGCCACGCUCGCUCAAUUUACAAAUACCAGUCAUGGCUGCCACGAAAUGUCGAAGAAACAGACCGCUAGCCCAGAAACCAUCAGAAGAGGAAGGUAGCGAGAGUCCAGAGAGCGGGAACAGAGACGAAGGUUAUUCAACGAUGUCCAGCGAUGUACAAGGUGAGGGUGCUCGACAGGAGCCAUCCCGAGGAUUGGAGGAUCUGAAAGAGGCGACAGAUGAGACUGAGGCAGACGUUUCACCGGAUGCACGAUUGGUCGCCCUCGACGCCGGCGAUCCUGACGUCCUGUUUUUGCCAUUGAAUCUCACUGUAGGAAUAAAUCCACGCCACAGCUAUCCCCCGACCAAAGAUUUGUUGCCGUAUCAGCACGUGAUGCGUAGCUUCUCCGACAGUCAUCUAUGUCUGAAGCUGACCACUACCACCAAUUUCACACCGUAUAAGUUAUCGAGCCCCAUGGGAUCCUCCUCUCUACUUCUAGUCGAGGAAGAAGGCUGGGAUACCGAGUAUGUGCAACAAUGGCUCAGGUUGGACGAUAGUAGAAGUGCUCAACAACAUCGAGAUCUUCUCGAGUUGGAAUACGACAGAGCAGAAUUGGAAGAUUGGAGUUUCUCGUUAUCUACCGAGGAUCUUGUUCAAAAUGAAUCCACGGUAUGGAAAGAACCCACCACCACCACUACGACCCCAGCGCUUCCUGCAAUCAAGGAGCAUAAUCCUUUGGAAUUGGAAGAGGAUGCAAACGAAUGCUUGUGGAAUGGUGCCAGUUAUCUUGCAGAUAGAACAGGAGGCGAAUUGGUUGCGCUACUUAUGGAUGCCAGAGCGACUGGAUCAUGGCCAUAUGCUACAAGUCCUGGUACUUCAUGGAGCAGCGAAGAAGGUGCGUUUGAAAAUUCCAGUAAACGAUCCUCGGCGGCACUGUCCGGUUGCAGCGACGAUCCGGAUUCACCUUCGAUCGGCACCGACUUCACCAGAGAUUUCUACAGGCUGGUAAAAUUCGAGAGCACAAAAAGUUUGGCAAGCACAUCAUCGAGAAGCGGAAGACCUCCACCGGAUAGGGAACAAGCUUUACAGAGUGUCUUGUCUUUUAUUGCUGAACAACAAAUGUAUUUAACUGAAUUACCAAACAAUCUAUUAGAACAUAACGGUACAACGGAAGUUUUAGAGGAAAUGGAAAGCAAGAAUGAGUCUGGAACCGAGGCAAUGUGCGCCGAAAUUGAACCUGUUGAUCAAGAUAAUAGUAACAUGGAAAAUAUCGUUGAAACGAGCACUAAUGAUGAUUUGCUGGAUCAAAUACCCGUACCCUCUUUGGCGCCGGAAGAGAGAAUAAUCAGUGCGGUAGCUUGCAACGGUGGUGUAUCUUAUACUACAGUUGCGCCAUCCGAAUUGGGUGCUGUUCCUGAAGAAGACGAAGAAGCUGCUACUUCUUCUACACCAAGCACGGUUGUAAGUCCAGCAAGAGCAUCGCUACUAGUCGAAGGUAGGGACCGGUCGCUGAGCUUUCACGAGCGUGCCACAUCGAAGGACGUGAUAGACGAACUGAAUCGAAUGAUCAGGAAAGGUGAGGAAAACACUGUGACCCAAGAAACCCAGGUACCGCUCGAGAAAUUAGAUCUUGCUUGCUGCUGUCCAACUGGAUGGGUUCACGUUGAACGAGAUAUUGACUUUACUGACCCAAAAGCAAGAGCCAAUCUUUUAGACGUGAUGUUAGAGAGCAGUGAAAGUUCUUCGGCGACAUCGAGCAGCGGAUCAGCCGGAAGUGACUCGGGGGAUGAACCACCUGAUUACCGUCACUUGCAUAGACUACAUCGAUACCGACGACAAAAAAAAGCAUCGGCGGCCCAGGCACAUCGUGUAUUACGAUUGCCGUCAACCUGGGGUUCAUCGAGGCCAUCGAUCAUCGGACGAGGUGAGGAUUUCUUCGUACGAUAUGGAGACAAGGAACGUGAAGCCGUGGCCUCUUUUGACUUUCUCGACGAGAUCGUGGCACCCUCUUCGACAGGCUCGAAUGCUAGUCUCAUCGAUUUGGAUGACACACCGUCUACCGAGCUUCGUAGCGACAUCAUGAAGCUUUCUCCGCUUUAGGACGAGUUGCGAUGCUGAAAUUUAUCCUUAAAGCUAUACAUUGAAUGGAAACCCCUUGUAGAGUAUGCAAGGGUAGGUAAAUUGUUCUGUUCUAAUUGUGUAGGUCAUUGCUCUUGCUUUAUAAAAUGGCGGAAUUUAAAUUGCGCCGAUAUUAUGUUUUGAUGUCUAUAUCAAAGAUUUAGAGCAUGCAAAGAUGAAUUAUAUUAUAACAUCUUAAAAGAUAUAUCGAUUUUUUUUUUUUUAUUCUUAUUAUACGCUUCUUUAUAUAUGCAGCAAGUAAUUUGCAUAUAAUUUGGAUAGAAAGAUAAAAGUUGAUAUGAAUAUAUCCUACAGAUGUUUUGCUGAGGGUCAGUAUAGUUUAAUUGUGACGAUAUCUAUUUAUUUUUGUUAAAGCAUUUUGAAAAGCUUUGAAAUAAAUUUUUGACUAUAUACUAGUUUUUUAUAACAUGAAAUAUAAAAAAAUAUU